UUAGUUAUUUAUAACGGGUUAGCAAAAGGAAACAAGUAAACGGAAACGGAAGAGUGAAGAAGUUACAGUACACUCACACCACUGAAUGACGGGUCACCAGAUUCAGAUCCACCGUCGCUAUCAUCAUCACCGUCUCCACUAACCUCUUUCUCCAACCCUACAUUCCUCUCUUUCUCAGAUUCAGAUCUCAAAUUCUAAAAAUGAAGGACUCCAACUCCACCACCAGUAGCAGCAAUGGCAGAACCGAACCCAUUGCACAAAACAUCAUAAAACUCAUAAGCAACCUUUGUUUCUCCGUCUUCGUCUUCUCCGUUCUAAUCUUCACUGUCAUAGCCAUAACCUACCAACCACCAGACCCAUGGCUCCAGUCCACCCCAGCCCUAACCAACCUCUUCACCCAAUCUCAAAAUGCCACCUUCCAAAUCGACUCCUCCGUCAUCAAAACUGGCGAGGACCUCGCCCCCUCGCCCCAGGACCCUCCCCUACCCCCGCCGCCCCCUUCCGCCGCCCCUGUAACCGAAGCCGUCAUCGAGAAAACAGAACAGCAAAUCCUAAAUUCCACCGCCAACUCCACAGCCCCGCCGCUUCCUUCUGUCGCCGACUGUGACUUAACCCUAAACUGUUCCGAUCCUCGCGUCCUUAUUGCUGUUCAGAGGUUUAACCUCCGCGCCUUCAAGUCCAUUGCCUUCUUCGACUAUCAGCCGCCGGUGAACGGCUCCUCCACCGGCGAGUGCGACGUUUCCUGGCGCUUCCGGAACAAGCGCGAGCGGUCGUGGCGCAAGUAUCGCGAUUUUCGCCGCUUCAAGAUCAGCGUAGCCGACGAUUGCAGGUACAAGGUGGUGCACGCCGGUGGGUGGCACUCCGGGGCCAAUGCUCGCCGGAACUUUACGAGGACUGGAACCGGUAGGGCUGGUAGGACCCUGCCGCCGCGGGUUUCCGCCCGCGAUGAUGAGAUCAAUGACACGAUUCCGACUUUGGGAUCGGAGAGUAACUUUAGGAGUGGGAAAUAUUUGUAUUAUUCACGUGGUGGGGAUUAUUGCAAGGGGAUGAAUCAUUAUUUGUGGAGUUUCUUGUGUGGGUUGGGGGAAGCUAUGUAUUUGAAUAGGACUUUUGUUAUGGAUUUGAGUGUCUGUUUGGCUUCUAGUUAUAAUCCCAGUAACAAGGAUGAGGAAGGGAAGGAUUUUAGGUACUAUUUCGAUUUCGAACAUUUGAAGGAGACAGCUUCGAUUGUUGAGGAAGGUGAGUUCUUGAGGGAUUGGAAAAAGUGGGAUAAAACCCAUUUGAAGAAGAAGAGGAUUCCUGUUAGGAAGGUUGUCACUCACAAGAUGACUCCUAUGCAGCUUAAGAAGGACAAGAGUACGAUUAUAUGGAGGCAGUUUGAUGCGCCUGAGCCUGAGAAUUAUUGGUACAGGGUUUGUGAAGGUGAGGCUGCUAAGUAUAUUCAGAGGCCAUGGCAUGCUUUGUGGAAAUCGAAGAGGUUGAUGAAUAUUGUAACGGAGAUUAGUGGAAGGUUGGACUGGGAUUUUGAUGCAGUUCAUGUGGUUCGGGGAGAAAAGGCUCAGAAUAAGGAACUGUGGCCCCAUUUGGAUUACGAUACGUCGCCGGAUGCUCUUCUUGAGAAGCUUAAAGGAAUGGUUCAACCUUGGAGACAUUUGUAUGUUGCCACCAAUGAGCCUUAUUAUAAUUACUUCGACAAGUUGAGGUCAAAUUACAAGGUCCAUUUGCUUGAUGAUUAUAAGGAAAUGUGGGGAAACACGAGUGAAUGGUAUAACGAGACGACUCUUCUCAACAAUGGAAAGCCUGUUGAGUUUGAUGGGUACAUGAGAGUUGCAGUGGAUACAGAGGUCUUUUACCGUGGAAAGACACGUGUGGAAACAUUCUAUAAUUUGACUAAAGAUUGCAAGGAUGGGGUCAACACAUGCUGAUCAGGUUGCCACUACUGGUUUUGAUGCUUAUUCAGAAUACAUGGUACACUCGGACCUUGCUUUGGAUUCAGUUUCUGAUUCAUACAAUUGGGUUGAAUAUGAGCUAAUUGUUGUACUUGCCCGUUCUUUUAUUGUAUUGAUUUAUGUUGUUUAUCAUGAUCUUGUACUAUAGAAUCCAUUUCUUUCCUCUUUCCUUAAA